AUGACAUCUACGUCUCUGUCCCCUUGUUUAGACCUGUCCCGUAACCGUCUGCCAGAGCUGCCCGUGGAGGUGUGCAUGUUUGUCUCUUUGGAACACCUGAACCUCUACCAGAACUGCCUGCGCUCGCUGCCUGAGAGUCUGCUCAAUCUCCAGGCCCUCACCUACCUGAACAUAAGGUAACGGACGUACACACACCAGUGGUGGAAAGUUCUUCAAGUUGCACUAUGCAGAAAUGUCAGUUUAUGUGACAAAAUAAGCUAGUAUAGUGUAGAGCAGGGUUUCCCAACUGGUGGCCAGCGGGCCAAAUCUGUCCCGCCAGCAAUAUUUAUUGGCCCCCCAAAUUAAUUGAAGAAGAAGACAAUAAUAUGCAAAUGGUGCACAGCAACCGAAAAAGAAAAACUACACCAGUUGGGUAAUUCAUUAAAAAAAUAAUCUUAAUUUGAAUUUACAAACAACAAGGGCUUAAUUGGAGUCUAUUUCUUUCGAUUCUUGGCCUAUAGAAAAUAACUAGGCCUACCUCAGCCAGUUAUGAGGCUUAACAGCAUCUUGCACAAGAAAAAAAAAAAUAGAAGUGGGAUUCUUUUAAUUAGGCCUACUUACAAUUGCAACUGGCCAAAAAUGUAGCAUCCUACAUAAAACAAUGUCUGAAUGUCUGUGUUGGGAGUCUUGGGAUAACCUGCUCCUGUAAUGACAGAACAUACAGAAAAGACUGUCAGCUUGAGACCUAAAUAGCCCUGGAUAAGCAGUCACAAUAAUGUUAGUAUUUACUAAAUACAGUCAUAUAGGCUACUAAGUUACUGACUUAAUGGGAAAAGUUGCAUUUCCCCUCGGACACGACCUUGUGGAUGUCGGGUGAGAUUAAUGUGAUUUUGAAGCGCAGGCAGUCCUCGAUUGACUUACGUGAAAGCCGGUUCCUGUCGUGAGUCUUGAUUGCGUUCAUAGAGGAAAAGGAGGACUUGCAGGUGUAAGUGGAUCCAAACAUAAUUGUUAGCACAUUUUUAUUUAUUUAUUUCAGCUUUAUUUAACCAGGUAAGCCAGUUGAGAACAAGUUAUAAUUUACAACUGCAACCUGGCCAAGAUAAAGCAAAGCAGUGCGAUAAAAACAACACAGAGUUACAUAUGGGGUAAACAAAACAUAAAGUCAAAAAUAUAACAGAAAAUAUAUAUAUACAGUGUGUGCGAAUGUAGUAAGUUAUGGAGGUAAGGCAAUAAAUAGGCCAUAGUGCAAAAUAGUUACAAUUUCGUAUUAACACUGGAAUGCUAGAUGUGCAAAAGAUGAUGUGCAAAUAGAGAUACUGGGGUGCAAAUGAGCAAAAUAAAUAACAAUAUGGGAAUGAGGUAGUUGGGUGGGCUAAUUUCAGAAUGACAUAAAAUGCUAGUUUCUUUAUUGUGCUGUAUUCAUCUGAGCAUGCCACCCAAGACGCAUACACGGACUUGGCACUCCGGAACACAUCGCUGAUUUGUCUCAAUGUCUGGAAUUAAAUCAGCUCAGUUUGAAUUGCCAAAAAAGCAACAUUGGAGAGGAAUUCCUCAAUUUCCAGAAUAUGAAGGUGGUCAGCUGCUCCCCUCAUUUAGCUUUUUCUGAGAAAAUCCACAACCUGGUCAUGCAGCUUGCAGAACCGCUCCAGCGCUUUUCCUUUACUCAGCAAGUGCAUGUCGUUGUGAAGCAGGAGAUCAUCGUGGGUGGCCUCUGAUUCUGUAACAAGCUUGCGGAAAAGACUAAAUCAAAUCCAAUUGUAUUGGCCACAUGCGCCGAAUACAACAGGUGUAGACCUUACAGUGAAAGGCUUACUUACAAGCCCUUAACCAACAAUGCAGUUAUAAGAAAGAAUACUGAAAAUAAAAAAAAGAUAAUAAGAAAUAAAAGUAACAAAUAAUUAAAGAGCAGGAGUAAAAUAACAGUAGGGAGGCUAUAUACAGGGGGUACCGGUACCGAGUCAAUGUGCGGGGGCACCGGUUAGUCAAGGUAAUUGAGGUAAUAUGUACAUGUAGGUAGAGAUUAAAGUGACUAUGCAUAGAUGAUAAACCAAGAGUAGCAGCAACGUAAAAGAGGGGGGAAUGUUGGGUGCUUGAUGCCCCCUGACAAAGUUGAUUAUGUGCAUUACUUUAUCUAUCACAUAUUUUUGCUCACAGUUUAGUCUGUCACACAGCACACUCUGAUGUAUGAGACAAUGCAAGCCAUUCAUUUGGGGGGCGAUUUGCUUCAGUCUGCUAACCAGGCACCUGUGUCUGCCCACCAUAGCAGGAGCCCCGUCGGUGACAACAAAGUAUACUUUUUUUUAAUGACAGGCUAUGCUGCGUCAACAAUUCUUCCAGCUUUGUGAAUAUGAUGUCCCCGGUGGUGUGUCCUUUGAGGGGAAUCAGUGCCAGUAGCUCUUCUUUAAAUUCAAUUCCAUCAACAAUAACAGACAUACACAAAACUGUGCUACAUCGGUGUUGUGAGUACUCUCAUCAGUAGCCAGGGAAAAAUGCUCAGCCUGAUUGAGCCCCUCCCGAACAAUCCUAUGUACAUCAUCCGGCAGUGCAUGGACGCGGCGGCUGGCUGUGGACACAGACAGGGGCACCUGUUGGACAGACGCAAUUAUGCUGUCCAUAGACUCUGUCCAUUCCUCCAAAACUGUCACUAUGCACUUUUUAAAUACCUCCGCGUCUGUGAAGGGCAUGUUGUGUUUGGUUAGAACCCAGGACGCUUUUAGGGAGGCACUUGUGACCUUCUGUUGGUGGGUCAGGCCAGGAAAGAGGAUUCUGCUGCUAUGUGUGUAGCUUGCAGUUAACCCUUAAAUGUUUCUGCGUCGGGCCUCUGUCUGGGGCGGGAAUGUCACUUUAAAUGUUCCAUGCUUAGAGUCAUAAUAACGUCUGAGAUUGAAUUCUUUGCAAACAGUGACAUUUUCGUGGCAAGUAAGACCCACUGGCUUGGCAUUGGAGAAAGAUGGUAAGAUGAAUGCAUUUCUCUCUGUCCAUUCUUCUCUGAAACUUCUAUUUUUAUUAUCUGCCUUUUGAUGCUUUUUGAGUGACACUUUCUCUUGCUAGCAAGCUAAUUGUUCUGAACGAAUGUUGACGUUAAAAAAAGUAGUGUAGGCUACAGUAGACCAGUUUUUCCCCAACAAUAAACGCGCAGCGAAAUAGACAAAAAUAAUAAUUGAAUAGAGACAUUGGUGAUUUUAUGAGUGUAAUCAGAUCGAAAUGAUGUUAUUGUCAUUGAUUUUAUUAUGUACUAAUCAGAUGUGUUAAACAUUUUCAAUGUGUAGUGUAGGCCUAUUAAUUGUGCUAAUAUUAUAUGCUAAUGAUAUACUCAAGUAGGGCAUUACUGGGUGACUUUUACUUGAGUCAUUUUCUAUUACGAUUUUCUAUUACUCAAGUAUGACAGUUGUGUACUUUUUCAACCACUGACACACACACGCUCACAGGCCCUCACAUACUUCAACAUAUGGUAAUACACACACAGUAGAGUAAAUACAGAUGUACACAUCUAUUUACAAAUUUGACUGCACACUUGUACUCUUAACCAUAGAAAGACGGCCUAUGCAUGCAAACUACACACACCCAUGUAAAGAUGUGUGAUGCCUAAAACAGAUGGUACGCUAUUCCCUAUAUAAUGAACUACCAUUGAGCCCUAUGGGCCCUGGUCAAGAGUAGUGCACUAAAUAGGGAAUAGUGUGCCAUUUGGGACGACACCCAUGUUCAUCGCUUUAAUCUUUAUUUAUGAAUGAUCUGUUUUGGACAUAGAGAAAUAUCACAGCAUAUCUGAUAAACAAACAGGAUUCAGAGGAGAGAUGUUUGGUCUGUAACAGAAACCUGUUUUGUCUGGGAAGUAUUCUGGGAAGUAUUCUGGGAUGUAUUCUGGGAAGUAUUCUGGGAAGUAUCUCAGACAGUGGCAAUAGAAUGUCGAGAACAUUGUUCAACAUGGUGACUUCCUUUGUUUGAUAAUAUUCAAUAACAUUCGCCAUCUUGCCAGUACACACAUAAAAACAUCCACCAUCACAACUAUUUGAAUUUGAAUGGAGACAUGAAUUUACCAAGGCUUUAGCCAGAAACAUCUCUUACAUUUUCUCUCUCCUGUCUUUGUCUGUCUCUGUCUGUCUCUGUCUGUGUCUGUCUCUGUCUGUGUCUGUCUUCUUUCUUUCGGAUUCCAGUCGGAACCAGUUGUCGACCCUGCCCAGCCCGGUGUGCAGUCUGCCAUUGAAGGUCCUGAUCGCCUGUAACAACAAGCUGGUCUCCCUUCCUGAGGAGCUGGGCCAACUACGACAGCUCACAGAACUGGUCAGUACAGGACAGUACACACACACAGACAUACACAGACACACAGUUAAUGCUUAACUGGCCGUGUGUUGUUUUAGUGUCAAAACCACCGUGUUGAUUUGCCUGUUUUUUGCCCUUAUUGGUAGUCUUUGUGUUGUGGUUUGAUUACCGUUUAACCAGGGCAUCCUCUUCCUCUCCUCUUCCUCCCUCAUCCCUCUCUCCAGGACGUGAGUUGUAAUGAGAUCCAGACACUCCCUCCUCAGGUUGGUCGGCUGGACUCGCUGCGAGACCUCAACAUCCGCCGCAAUCACCUGGCCCGCUUGCCCCCAGGUCAACACACACACACUCAACCACCUGGCCUGACGUCAUGUCCGCACUGGUCAACACACACACACACACACACACACACACACACACACACACACACACACACACACACACAAAACAACCUGGACCACACACAUCAGAAUAUUUUGAAUUGUAAUUCUGAAGACCACAAUUACUUGAUUAGAUAAAUGUGGCGUGUUAGAGCUGGACAACACACACACUGUUUAAUCCUUAACAAUCCUUUUUUUGGCACUAAACUACAUCCAUAUACACUGAGUGUACAAAACAUUAAGAACACCUGCUCUUUUUAUGACAGACUGACCAGGUGAAAGCUAUGAUUCCUCAUUGAUGUCACUUGUUAAAUCAACUUCAAUCAGUGUAGAUGAAGGGGAGGUGACAUAUAAAGAAUUAUUUUUAAGCAUUGAGACAAUUGAGACAUGGAUUGUGUAUGUGUGCCUUUCAGAGGGUGAAUGGGAAAGACACAAAAUGUAAGUGCCUUUGAACUGGGUAUGGUAGUAGGUGCAAGGCGCACUGGUUUGUGUCAAGAACUGCAACGCUGCUGGGUUUUUCACGCUCAACAGUUUCCCGUGUGUAUCAAGAAUGGUCCACCACCCAAAGGACAUCCAGCCUACUUGACACAACUGUGGGAAGCAUUGAAGUCAACAUGGGCCAGCAUCCCUGUGGAACGCUGUGUACUUCCAUUCAUUUUUUAAAACUGGUACCGGGCUACCUUCAGACGUGUCUUGUGAGCCUUGUGGUCGUCCUAGAGCAAAACACCUUUCCAUAGAGGGGUCAUAUUAGAGUGUAGCCCAAACUGUUCGGACGCUACAGACAGAAGUUGGCGGUGGAAUUAGAUGCAGCCCAAUAUUAGGAAUGUUGUCCAUAUCAUUGUUUAAAAAGCUUAAACUGACAGAUGUUUUAUUAUGCUAAUUAGAAUUUCAAGGGGCGAUGACAUCGACUCUAGGGGGUUAAAUUUAAACUGUGUGUGUCCUAUAUCCAUACAGAGCUGUCGGAGUUGCCCCUGGUGCGUCUGGACUUCUCUUGUAACAAGGUGACGUCCAUCCCUGUGUGUUACCGUAACCUGCGCCACCUACAGAACAUCGUGCUGGACAACAACCCACUACAGAACCCACCCGCACAGGUAACGCACACGCAUUCACAGUCGAACUAUACAAUCACGACUAUACAAAUACACCUUUUUGCUCCUAGUCAGUGACUAGUAAACACACAAACUCUCAGCCUGAUUAUAUAAUUAUGACCUGCACCACACAAAUGUGUUAAUAGAACCUAGUCAAACUGUUCCUUCUAUUGUCUAUCAUGUGUUUCUUUCCCUGUCAUUCCCAGAUUUGUAUAAAGGGGAUGAUCCAUAUAUUUAAGUAUCUGAACAAUGAGGCCAGCAAGACUACACCUGAGCUCCCAGACUACGACAGGAGACCCCUCGCCUUCGGAUCCUGGUGAGAAACACACACUUCCACUGCCAAUAAAACUGCAGAGAGGCCAGCCCUGGAAACAGCUGUGUGCAGAGGAACAGCUCCUGUCUUUCUCUGGCAGUAUCUCUACUUUUAUCUAUCCCUCUCUCAAUAUUUACAGUGAGGGGAAAAAAGUAUUUGAUCCCCUGCUGAUUUUGAACGUUUGCCCACUGACAAAGAUAUGAUCAGUCUAUAAUUUUAAUGGUAGGUUUAUUUGAACAGUGAGAGACAGAAUAACAACAAAAUCCAGAAAAACACAUGUCAAAACGUUUAUAAAUUGAUUUGCAUUUUAAUGAGGGAAAUAAGUAUUUGACCCCCUCUCAAUCAGAAAGAUUUCUGGCUCCCAGGUGUCUUUUACACAGGUAGCGAGCUGAGAUUAGGAGCACACUCUUAAAGGGAGUGCUCCUAAUCUCAGCUUGUUACCUGUAUAAAAGACACCUGUCCACAGAAGCAAUCAAUCAAUCAGAUUCCAAACUCUCCACCAUGGCCAAGACCAAAGAGCUCUCCAAGGAUGUCAGGGACAAGAUUGUAGACCUACACAAGGCUGGAAUGGGCUACAAGACCAUCGCCAAGCAGCUUGGUGAGAAGGUGACAACAGUUGGUGCGAUUAUUCGCAAAUGGAAGAAACACAAAAGAACUGUCAAUCUCCCUCGGCCUGGGGCUCCAUGCAAGAUCUCACCUCGUGGAGUUGCAAUGAUCAUGAGAAUGGUGAGGAAUCAGCCCAGAACUACACGGGAGGAUCUUGUCAAUGAUCUCAAGGCUGCUGGGACCAUAGUCACCAAGAAAACAAUUGGUAACACACUACGCUACGAAGGACUGAAAUCCUGCAGCGCCUGCAAGGUCCCCCUGCUCAAGAAAGCACAUAUACAGGCUCGUCUGAAGUUUGCCAAUGAACAUCUGAAUGAUUCAGAGGAGAACUGGGUGAUAGUGUUGUGGUCAGAUGAGACCAAAAUCGAGCCCUUUGGCAUCAACUCAACUCGCCGUGUUUGGAGGAGGAGGAAUGCUGCCUAUGACCCCAAGAACACCAUCGCCACAGUCAAACAUGGAGGUGGAAACAUUAUGCUUUGGGGGUGUUUUUCUGCUAAGGGGACAGGACAACUUCACCGCAUCAAAGGGACGAUGGAAGGGGCCAUGUACCGUCAAAUCUUGGGUGAGAACCUCCUUCCCUCAGCCAGGGCAUUGAAAAUGGGUCGUGGAUGGGUAUUCCAGCAUGACAAUGACCCAAAACACACGGCCAAGGCAACAAAGGAGUGGCUCAAGAAGAAGCACUUUAAGGUCCUGGAGUGGCCUAGCCAGUCUCCAGACCGUAAUCCCAUAGAAAAUCUGUGGAGGGAGCUGAAGGUUCGAGUUGCCAAACGUCAGGCUCGAAACCUUAAUGACUUGGAGAAGAUCUGCAAAGAGGAGUGGGACAAAAUCCCUCCUGAGAUGUGUGCAAACCUGGUGGCCAACUACAAGAAACGUCUGACCUCUGUGAUUGCCAACAAGGGUUUUGCCACCAAGUACUAAGUCAUGUUUUGCAGAGGGGUCAAAUACUUAUUUCCCUCAUUAAAAUGCAAAUCAAUUCAUAACAUUUUUGACAUGUGUUUUUCUGAAUUUUUUUGUUGUUAUUCUGUCUCACUGUUCAAAUAAACCUACCAUUAAAAGGAUAUACUGAUCAUGUCUUUGUCAGUGGGCAAACGUACAAAAUCAGCAGGGUAUCAAAUACUUUUUUCCCUCACUGUAUAUUUUCUGCUCUACAAUCUCUCUUGCUCUCUCAGAGCCCUCUGUAAAUGUUCAAAGGUACUCUACUUGACACUGUCCAGCGUUUGGGGAGGAGAGAUAUACAUUUAAAUAUAGAGGAAGUGAGGGAGUGGUAAAAACAAAACAAAAGGUAGAAAGAGGGAAAGGUGGGUAGAGUUUACGAGGGGAGCACAGCUGAAAGAGGGAGUUCAUCCAUUGAGUUGAGAAUGGGACGUACCAUAACAACAUCCUUGCUCACACCCAGAUGUAAAAAAAAAAAAAAGAUCAGCACAGCUCAAGUGUUUGAAAGCAUUUGACAUUGUGUUUUGACCCAGGUGGUCUUAAAGUUGGUCUUAUCUUCUGUACUCUUAGUGUGGAGGAGCUGUACCCUGGCCGGCCGUACGGAGCGCUGGACUCUGGCUUUAACAGCGUGGACAGUGGAGACAAGAGAUGGUCAGGCAACGAGGUGAGACGCACGCACGCACGCCACACACACACAAGAUGGUCAGGCACUGAGGUAAGAUUACAAAUAACUCUGGGUCCUCCUAGUAAUUGUUGGGUAAUUCCACGAAUAGAGGACAUUUUGGGUAGUGUAACAUGGUAAACAAAAUUAUAUAUAUAUCAUUUUACAUACUUAAAUAAAAAGUACUAUAGUAAGUGCCAAUAAAGUGACAAAGUAUCAGGGUUGAACUUAACACGGUUGAGCUUCCCAUAAUUUUUUUUAUUGUUAAAACAUUUCCAUCAUAUCUUUCUAUGGGUAACAGGAUUGACGUGUUAUGCUUGACACACUCAGUUUUCUACCAGAAAAUUGCCAUAAAGAGUAGAACCAGCUCAACUGCUUUUACACUAUGAUUUGAAUAUUAUAUGUUAAAUGUUUCUUUUGAAAAAAUACUUUAAAUUGAAUAGUUUCACCAUAUUAAAAUGAAAGUCAUGUAACAGGGUUGACCUUAAAGUGUAACUGACAGCAUUUUAGCAACAUGAAAUCUAAUUAAAAUCUGUUUUUCAUUUUCUGUCAAGCGAGCGCUUAGAUAUGGUCAUUUUAAAUUCUUAGAAUGUUUGGGAAUUACUUAUACUAAGGCAUUUGUGAAAAUUAUAUAGCAAUAUAGAGAAAGCAGCCGUGCGUUUGGACAGUUAAUAAGACACUGCAGUAAAUAAAACCAAAUAAAAACAUCUCUCUCGUCCAGGACCGGAGUCUAUGCAGACCGGUGUGCCAUAGCCCAUCAGAGCUACAGUAGGUCUUUAUGCAAACAAGCCAUUUGCCACACAGGCCUGCCAUCAUUCACUUUGAACUGGACUGUGUGUUUACAGGCAGUUGCAACAGCGCCACUUUAGAUAAUUAGAACACAUUCGCCAAAAGCCACAAAAUAAACCUGACUGGAUUUCUGCAAAUUUCACGGGAGUCCUCUUACGUUUGGGAACUUUACAAUCCUAUUUAUCAAACAACCAUGAAAAGGUAGGCUAUCCCUCAGUUAUGCACAUCAACAACAACAACAACAACAAGAUCAACAUCCACUGUUAGCCAGAGCAAGAUGUGCUAAAAUCUAACGAAGGAACAUUAGAUAAAUGGCCCCAUUCAUUCUUUACUUUACACGGCUCAGUCGUCCUGGUCCCUUUGCAGAAAAACAGCCCCAAAGCAUGAUGUUUCCACCCCCAUGCUUCACAGUAGGUAUGGUGUUCUUUGGAUGCAACUCAGCAUUCUUUGUCCUCCAAACACGACGAGUUGAGUUUUUACCAAAAAGUUCUAUUUUGGUUUCAUCUGACCAUAUGACAUUCUCCCAAUCCUCUUCUGGAUCAUCCAAAUGCACUCUAGCAAACUUCAGACGGGCCUGGACAUGUACUGGCUUAAGCAGGGGGACACGUCUGGCACUGCAGGAUUUGAGUCCCUGGCGGCAUAGUGUGUUACUGAUGGUAGGCUUUGUUACUUUGGUCCCAGCUCUCUGCAGGUCAUUCACUAGGUCCCCCCGUGUGGUUCUGGGAUUUUUGCUCACCGUUCUUGUGAUCAUUUUGACCCCACGGGGUGAGAUCUUGCGUGUAGCCCCAGAUCGAGGGAGAUUAUCAGUGGUCUUGUAUGUCUUCCAUUUCCUAAUAAUUGCUCCCACAGUUGAUUUCUUCAAACCAAGCUGCUUACCUAUUGCAUAUUCAGUCUUUCCAGCCUGGUGCAGGUCUACAAUUUUGUCUCUGGUGUCCUUUGACAGCUCUUUGGUCUUGGCCAUAGUGGAGUUUGGAGUGUGACUGUUUGAGGUUGUGGACAGGUGUCUUUUAUACUGAUAACAAGUUCAAACAGGUGCCAUUUAAUACAGGUAACGAAUGGAGGACAGAGGAGCCUCUUAAAGAAGAAGUUACAGGUCUGUGAGAGCCAGAAAUCUUGCUUGUUUGUAGGUGACCAAAAACUUUUUUUCCACAAUAAUUUGCAAAUAAAUUCAUAAAAAAUCCUACAAUGUGAUUUUCUGGAUUUUUUUCCCUCAAUUUGUCUGUCAUAGUUGACGUGUUCCUAUGAUGAAAAUUACAGGCCUCUCAUCUUUUUAAGUGGGAGAACUUGCACAAUUGGUGGCUGACUAAAUACUUUUUUCCCCCACUGUAUACCCCCCUUUAUUAAUUUUCAACCCUGCCAUCCUUUCCCUACUUGGGGUUAUUAGGGAACAACAAUGCCCAGGUCUCUACUUCCAGCCUAUACUUACUAUCUAUUUUACAAUAAUAUUUUUAUUUUUAUUUUUUUUUAUAUUAUGCUCCUGAACUACUUCUCCUCUCAACCUCUCCGAUCAUUUUCAUGAUGUCCAUCCGGUUUGCUUCUAUAUGCCAUAACUUUCUAACUGUGCUCUUUCCCAAAAGCUCCCAAGAUACAUCCUAUAUACUUAUUAUGGACACAGUAUGCUUACAUUAUUAGUUAUCUUGUUAUUAUUUGUUGUUAUUUGUUAUUAGUCCCAUCCUUCAACUCAAUUCAAUACAUCCCAUCUAUCUCUUAACACCAUCCAUAUAGGAUUUCUAUUUGCCAUAUAUAUUUCAACCGUACUGUGAUGUUUUACAAAAGUUCUGAACCUUUCUAUUCUCAUUGCUUCUACAGAUUGUGAAUUAAAAAUAAACAUUUUAGCUAAAAGUAUUAUUAUAUUAUUGAUUGAUUGACUAUGACUUUUCAGAUCACCCAGUAAUGCUAUCUGCAAGGUUAGCUCCAGGUAAAUAUUGCAAUCCUUUAGCCAUUCCUGGACCUGUGUCCAAAAACAAGCUACAAAUGGACAGAACCAAAACAAAUGAUCUAAUGAUUCUGUCUCUUCACAGCAAAAUCUGCAGAGCUGGGAAGAUUGUAUCCCCCAUAUAAAUAACAUUAUAUUGGUAGCAAGAAUUUUAUAUAAUAAUUUAAAUUGAAAGAUUCAAAUUUUUGAAUCCGGUGUCGUUUUGCGUGUCAGUUCAUAAACACUAUGCCAUGGGAUCGGUACGUCAAAAAUCUCUUCCCAACUAUUUUGCAAUCUAUCUGGAUGGGGAGCGUUGCUGCACAGCUAUUUUCAGGUCUCUCCAGAGAUGUUCGAUCGGGUUCAAGUCUGGGCUCUGGCUGGGCCACUCAAGGACAUUCAGAGACUUGUCCCGAAGCCACUCCUGCAUUGUCUUGGUUGUGUGCUUAGGGUCGUUGUCCUGUUGGAAGGUGAACCUUCGCCCCAGUCUGAGGUCCUGAGUGCUCUGGAGCAGGUUUUCAUCAAGGAUCUCUCUGUACUUCGCUCCGUUCAUUUUUGCCUAGAUCCUGACUAGUCUCCCUGUCCCUGCCGCUGACAAACAUCCCCACAGCAUGAUUCUGCCACCACCCUGCUUCACCGUAGGGAUGGUGCCAGGUUUCCUCCAGACGUGACGCUUGGCAUUCAGGCCAAAGAGUUCAGUCUUGGUUUCGUCAGACCGGAGAUCCUUGUUUCUCAUGGUCUGAGAGUCCUUUAGGUGCUUUUUGGCAAAUAUCAAAGCGGGCUGUCAUGUGUCUUUUACUGAGGAGUGGCUUCCGUCUGGCCACUCUACCAUAAAGGCCUGAUUCUUGGGGACCUUCAAUGCUGCAGACAUUUUUUGGUACCCUUCCCCAGAUUUGUGCCUCAACACAAGACUGUCUUUCUAUGAAUAGUUCCUUCGACCUCAUGACUUGGUAUUUGCUCUGACAUGCACUGUCAACUGGGGGACCUUAUAUAGACAGGUGUGUGCCUUUCCAAAUCCUGUCCAAUCAAUUGAAUUUACCACAGGUGGACUCCAAUCAAGUUGUGGAAACAUCUCGAGGAUCAAUGGAAACGGGAUGCACCGGAGCUCAAUUUCUAGUCUCAUAGCAAAGGGUCUGAAUACUUACCGUAAAUAAAGGAUUUCUGUUUAAGAAAUCUCAGACCAUCAGAAACCAGAUUAUCUGGUCUGAUGAAACCUGUGAAGCAUGGUGGUGGGAGCAUCAUGCUGUAGGGAUGUUAUUCAGCAGCAGGGACUCGGAGACUAGUCAGGAUCGAGGGAAAGAUGAAUGGAGCAAAGUAUAGAGAGAUCCUUGAUGAAAACCUGCUCAAGUACUCAGGACCUCAGACUGGGGCGAAGGUUCACCUUCCAACAGGACAACGACCCUAAGCACACAGCCAAGACCAUGCAGGAGUGGCUUCGGGACAAGUCUCUGAAUGUCCUUGAGUGGCUCAGCCAGAGCCGGGACUUGAACCCAAUCGAACAUCUCUGGAGACACCUGAAAAUAGCUGUGCAGCGACUCUCCCCAUCCAACCUGACAGAGCUUGAGAGGAUCUGCAGAGUAGAAUGGGAGAAACUCCCCAAAUAGAGGUGUGCAAAGCUUAUAGCGUCAUACACAAGUAGACUCAAGGCUGUAAUUGCUGCCAAAGGUGCUUCAACAAAGUACUGAGUAAAGGGUCUGAAUACUUAUGUAAAUGUGAUUUUGAAGUGUUUUUCUAUAUAAACUGAGCAAAAAAAGAAACUUAUUUUUCAGUACCCUGUCUUUCAAAGAUAAUUCAUGAAAAUCCAAAUAACUUCACAUAUCUUCCUUGUAAAGGGUUAAAACACGGUUUCCCAUGCUUUUUCAAUUACAUUUUACAUUUAAUCAUUUAGCAGAACCAUAUUUAUGAACCAUUUAUGAACAUUUAUGAACCAUAAACAAUUAAUGAACAUGCACCUGUGGAAAGGACACUUAAGGUCACAGUUAUGAAAACUUUGGACACUAAAGAGGCCUUUCUACUGACUCUGACAAACACCAAAAGAAAGAUGCCCAGGAUCCCUGCUCAUCUGCGUGAACGUGCCUUAGUUUUGCUGCAAGGAGGCAUGAGGACUGCAGAUGUGACCAGGGCAAUAAAUUGCAAAGUCCGUACUGUGAGACGCCUAAGACAUUGCUACAGGGAGACAGGACGGACAGCUGAUCGUCCUCGCUGUGGCAGACCACGUCUAACAACACCUGCACAGGAUCGGUACAUCCGAACAUCACACCUGCGGGACAGGUACAGGAUGGCAACAGCAACUGCCCGAGUUACACCAGGAACGCACAAUCCCUCCAUCAGUGCUCACACUGUCCGCAAUAGGCUGAGAGAGGCUGGACUGAGGGCUUGUAGGCCUGUUGUAAGGCAGGUCCUCACCAGAUAAAACCGGCAACAACGUCGCCUAUGGGCACAAACCCACCGUCGCUUGACCAGACAGGACUGGCAAAAAGUGCUCUUCACUGGCAAGUCGCGGUUUUGUCUCACCAGGGGUGAUGGUCGGAUUUGUGUUCAUCGUCGAUGGAAUGAGUGUUACACCGAGGCCUGUACUCUGGAGCGGGAUCGAUUUGGAGGUGGAGGGUCCGUCGUGGUCUGGGGCGGUGUGUCACAGCAUCAUCGGACUGAGCUUGUUGUCAUUGCAGGCAAUCUCAACGCUGUGCGUUACAGGGAAGAUAUCCUCCUCCCUCAUGUGGUACCCUUCCUGCAGGCUCAUCCUGACAUGACCCUCCAGCAUGACAAUGCCACCAGCCAUACUGCUCGUUCUGUGCUUGAUUUCCUGCAAGACAGGAAUGUCAGUGUUCUGCCAUGGCCAGCGAAGAGCCCGGAUCUCAAUCCCAUUGAGCAUGUCAGGGACCUGUUGGAUGGAGGGUGAGGGCUAGGGCCAUUCCCCCCAGAAAUGUCUGGGAACUUGCAGGUGCCUUGGUGGAAGAGUGGGGUAACAUCUCACAGCAAGAACUGGCAAAUCUGGUGCAGUAGAAGAGGAGGAGAUGCACUGCAGUACUUAAUGCAGCUGGUGGCCACACCAGAUACUGACUGUUACUUUUGAUUUUGACCCCCCUUUGUUCAGGGACACAUUAUUCCAUUUCUGUUAGUCACAUGUCUGUGGAACUUGUUCAGUUUAUGUCUCAGUUGUUGAAUCUUGUUAUGUUCAUACAAAUAUUUACACAUUAUAUACAUUUGCAAAAAUAUUUAAAAACCUUUAUUUUGCUUUGUCAUUAUGUGGUAUUGUGUGUAGAUUGAUGAGAAAAAAAUAACAACAAUUUCAAUCCAUUUUAUUAUAAGGCUGUAACGUAACAAAGUGUGGAAAAAGUCAAGGGGUCUGAAUACUUUCCAAAUGCACUUUAUAUCAUUAAUAAAUACAGGUUGUUGACACUUGUAGAAGCUAAUCUCGCAAUGUUUCUUUCACUCCUGCUAUCCAUACUUUCUCUUUCAUCCCUUGUGUUCCUACAGCCCACAGAUGAGUUGUCGGACCUUCCACUGCGUGUGGCAGAGAUAACCAAAGAACAGAGACAGCGGAGGGAGCGGGAGGAGCACAGGACGACUGGCUCCCAUCCUUUGACCAACGGCACAUGUGAGAAUCAACGCAUGUCUGUCUGUUUGUGUGUGAACUGUAGUGUAGUGUCAUGUACUGUAUUUACAGUUUUAUUCACAGUAUUAUUCAAUUGUAUUCUAGCUUGGGUACCAGUCUGUUUGUGUUAGCAUUUCACUUCCUGACACUCCUUGUCAUGCCAGACUGUUUGGCAUGUGACACGGCGUACAGGGAGUGGAAUGUUUGCAUAAAACGGGUCUAGAUUAUAUUCUACAUCUGUGGAAAUAUACACUGAACAAAAAUAUAAAGGCAACAUGCAAAGUGUUGCUCCCAUGUUUCAUGAGCUGAAAUAAAAGAUUCCAGAAAUGUUCCAUACGCAAAAAAAGCUUACAUCCCUGUUCGUGAGCAUUUCCCCAUUGCCAAUAUAAUCAAUCCACCUGACAGGUCUGUCAUAUCAGGAAGCUGAUUAAACAGCAUGAUCAUUACACAGGUGCAACUUGUGCUGGGGACAAUAAAAGGCCACUCUAAAAUGUGCAGUUUUGUCACACAACACAAUGCCACAGAUGUCUGUUUUGAGGGAGUGUGCAAUUGGCAUGCUGACUGCAGGAAUGUCCACCAGAGAUGUUGCCAGAGAAUUUAUUGUUAAUUUCUCUACCAUAAGCCGCCUCCAAUGUCGUUUUAGAGAAUUUGGCAAUACGUCCAACCGGCCUCACAACCACAGAACACGUGUAACAACACCAGCCCAGGACCUCCACAUCCAGCUUCUUCACCUGCGGGAUCGUCUGAGACCAGACACUCGGACUGCUGAUGAAACUGUGGGUUUGCACAACAGAAGUAUAUCUGCACAAACUGUCAAACCGUCUCAGGGAAGCUCAUCUUCGUGCUUGUCAUCCUCACCAGGGUCUUGACAUGACUGCAGUUCGGCGUUGUAACCCGACUUCAGUGGGCAAAUGGUCACCUUCAAUGGCCGCUGGCACGCUGGAGAAGUGUGCUCUUCAUGGAUGAAUCCGGGUUUUAACUGUACCGGGCAGACCGCGUGCCAUACAACGUGUAUGGCGUCGUCUGGGCGAGUGGUUUGCUGAUGUCAACGUUGUGAACAGAGAGCCCCAUGAUGGCACUGGGGUUAUGGUAUGGGCAGGCAUAAGCUACGGACAACGAACACAAUUGCAUUUUAUCGCUGGCAAUUUGAGCGCACAGAAAGACCAUGACGAGAUCUUGAGGCCCAUAGUCGUGCCAUUCAGCCGCCGCCAUCACCUCAUGUUUCAGCAUGAUAAUGCACGGCCCCAUGUUGCAAGGAUCUGUACACAAUUUAUUGAAGCUGAAAAUGUCCCAGUUAUUCCAUGGCCUGCAUACUCACCAGACAUGUCACCCAUUGAGCAUGUUUGGGAUGCUCUGGAUCAACGUGUACGACAGCGUGUUCCAGUUCCUGCCAAUAUCCAGCAAUUUCGCACAGCCAUUGAAGAGGAGCGGGACAACAUUCCACAGCCCACAAUCAACAGCCUGAUCAACUCUAUGUGAAGGAGAUGUCACGCUGCAUGAGGCAAAUGGUGGUCACACCAGAUACUGACUGGUUUUCUGAUCCACCCCUCUACUUUUUUUUUAAAGGUAUCUGUGACCAAUGAAUUGAUUUCAAUUGACUGCUUUCCUUAUAUGAACUGUAACUCAGUAAAAUCUUUGAAAUUGUUGCAUGUUGCAUAACAUUUUUUUGUUCAGUGUACAUUCUACAUCUUGCGUCUUUGUACGCUGAACUGGUGUGUAAUCUGUCUUUCUGUCUUGUCUGUCUUUAGUAGAGGCAGAGCUGGAGCAGAUAGACUUUAUAGACAGUUAUACAGGAGAGGAGGAGGAGGAGGAGGGUAGGAGGGGAGAAGGAGCAGAAACCAUCAGCCUCAGUUCCCAGUUCAUGGCUUACAUUGAGCGCCGCAUCACCAGAGAGGUAAGUGUGUUACAUGUAUUUGUGUGUGUGUGAUAUAAAAUAUAUAUUCCAUUCAGCAGACGCUUUUAUCCAAAGGGACUUACAGUCAUGCGUGCAUACAUUUUUGCCCCAAUGGGAAUCACACCCGUACAAGCGCCAUGCUCCGCCAACUCAACCAACUGUGUGUGUGUGUCUGUGUGUGUGCGACUGGCCAGUGUGUACAGGACUGUAUGUAGAAGGCUGGGGGUGCGUUCCUCACAACAUAACGUUAUGCAACAUUUAAUUCAACAGAAACUACUGUUCUGAAUGAACAGUUGAAGAACCUGAUUAUGGUGGCCCGGAAAGCAAUUGUGUAUGGUGUGCUGCAUGAGUUUUGCAAUUUGAAAUGGUCACAUCCAUAUUGAUUAGACCACACCUCGCCACACUCUACAAACGGGGGCAAACGUACCUUAAAGGCUGUUGAAUGGUGCGCACCGUUUUGGGGAAACGUGUCAUUCAGUGCAAAUCUUCACACAACAUAGCAAACGUUGAACUGAACUGAACGCACCCCUGGUGUGUGUUUGUGGUGUAAGAGCGAUCGUGGCUAGUGUAUUGAUGACUGUCUCUUUGUAGGGCUCUCCAGUGAAGUCCAACUCCUCCAGAGACUCAAGGACAGACGACCCGAGGCGACACAAUUCUCUGCAGAACAGGUAAGAAGACGUACCCACAAACCCACUACCUAUCUAUCUAGUAACUUGACCUAUAACAAUGUUCCCUCUAAGCAGUAGCCCAGAUACUGCCGCGCAGAAAUAUCAGCCCACAGAGAGGAGCAUGAGAUUGAACUUCACUCAACUUUCUAGAGCAGUGGUCACCAACCGGUCGAUCGCGAUCCACUGAUCGAUCUCCAAGGCGUUCGUAGUCGAUCGCCAAACAGUUCUGUAAAAAACCCAACGAUAAAGCCUUCUGUUCCUAUUUUUACUUUUUUGUCAGUGUUCCUAUUUAUGUAUUUUGUCACGGUUCGCCCUGCGCGCCGGGUAGGCGAACGGUUGCUAUUUUAAACCAUUUCAUUUGUCUGAAGGUACAAUCUCUGCCUUCCCGGCUGGCCCAGAGAGCAAAUCAAGUGCACUAUAGACCUACUGCUGGCCAUUCGGAUGGCUCAGAUGACCUUGUCUGCAGUAAAGUAGCAGGCAGAAAAGAAAGCUACAGCAAAGUUGAUACUGUGAGAUUUCAGAAUGUUUAAAACCGUGACUAGAGAGAGACUGUCAACGAAUACAGCAAAGAGAUGCUGUUCUAUGAGUGAGUUCAUGUUUAAGUUCUUUCUCAGCACUGUCAACUUUUAUAAAACCAUAAAAUGCGCGUUCUUCCUAUUUCCACUCAGUGCUACAACAAGCACUGCAGCAGUAAUGAAUGAGUAGGAAAGUGUAUCUAUAGGCUUGCAUUGUUGUUAUUAUUAGCGGCUUGGGUCUUUUUUAAUAUCGAGGAAUAUUUCACUUUCUCUGUUCAUGGGAGUGACAACAUGAAUUUGUGCAUGAGGCAGUGCGACUUGAGUUUCGCAGUCAGCUGGAAGACUGUGUCCCUUUUUGGUCCGUGUCAGUGGAGGAAAGGGCGAGCAGAGAGAUGUUGAGAGGCGGACCCUCAGUCUGCUGCUCUCUCCCUCCGCUGAGACUGACCAUCAGAUGCAGGCACCCAUCAGCCCAGUAAAAUAAAAAUAAAAAGCCAAUUAUUAUUUAAAUGUAUGCUCACUCACCUGUGCUUCACAAGGAAUACAACAACGGAUCUAUUACCGGUGUGAUCAUAUAGCCUACCUCUAAUUUUGAAAUAUAUAUAUUUUUAAUGGCCCGAACAGCAAUGCAUUCAUUGGCAGGGCAAUUCAAGCAAAGCUAAGAUGCGAUGAUGAUGUAUUGGGCCUAUAGCUUACUGCACAAACCUCAUUGCUACAGCACUGUUUUUAAUUGGUUAAUGUUGCUUAGGCUUACACUUUUCAAGUCAUGUUAAAAAAAAAUCUGAGCGGUAGUUUUCGGCUUGCAUUUUGACUCGGUGAUCUUAACUCAGAAAAGGUUGGUGACCACUGUUGUAGAGUUUUCCCUGUUAACACUAUCAACGUUUCCCUUUACUGUGGCAAUUGUGAUCGAAUCAACACAAUGUUAGACACUUUCAAUGCAACAUACCGAAACAAAAGAAACUAUGCAAGAGAUUUUGUUGUAGGCAGAACGCAUCGGAGUAGGAUUCUAUUGCGUUGACACGCACUUCUCAGCCUGUACUUUACACAGACCGGUGUUUUCUAAACAAUCAGAGCUGCAGUAGGCCUAUAUGCAAAUAGACCAUUGCCAUAUAUGGAUCUCUGUGCCAUUUACUUUGAACUGGACUGUGUUCACAGCAUUAGCGGUCGUGAGUAGAUGCGCUUGUUUUGAGAGCAAAGUGAGAGCUGCAUGUAGCCACGUGUGCACAUUUUGUUCAUAUUCUUUGCUAGUUAGUGAGUUAUUAGCCCAGUUAUAGAUCAUUUGUAGUCAGCAAUAGGGGCGUGAUUGCUUCCUACAAGAGCACAAAACAUGUACAUUUCUAGACUCCGUUGUGUCCUCCUCCCAGAGUGCAAAGAGCCUUGGCAUGACCCUGGACAACACCCUGUCGUUCUCCGCUAACAUCAAAGGCGGUGACCCGAUCCUGUAGGUUCAUGCUCUACAACAUUCGCAGAGUACGACCCUGCCUUACACAGGAAGCGGCACAGGUCCUAAUCCAGGCACUUGUCAUCUCCCGUCUGGAUUACUGCAACUCGCUGUUGGCUGGGCUCCCUGCCUGUGCCAUUAAACCCCUACAAUUUAUCCAGAACGCCGCAGCCCGUCUGGUGUUCAACCUUCCCAAGUUCUCUCACGUCACCCCGCUCCUCCGCACACUCCACUGGCUUCCAGUUGAAGCUCGCAUCUGCUACAAGAACAUGGUGCUUGCCUACGGAGCUGUGAGGGGAACGGCACCUCCUUACCUUCAGGCUCUGAUCAGUUCCUACACCCAAACGAGGGCAUUGUGUUCAUCCACCUCUGGCCUGCUGGCCCCCCUACCUCUGUGGAAGCAUAGCUCCCGCUCAGCCCAGUCAAAACUGUUCGCUGCUCUGGCACCCCAAUGGUGGAACAAGCUCCCUCACGACGCCAGGACAGCGGAGUCACUCACCACCUUCCGGAGACACUUGAAACCCCACCUCUUUAAGGAAUACCUGGGAUAGGAUAAAGUAAUCCUUCUACCCUCCCCCUACCCCCCAAUUUUUUUUCAUAAUAAAUAAAUAAAUACAAAAAUAAAAUAAAAAUUGAUAUAUUGUAAAGUGGUUGUCCCACUGGCUAUAAGGUUAAUGCACCAAUUUGUAAGUCGCUCUGGAUAAGAGCGUCUGCUAAAUGACGAAAAUGUAAAUGUAGACAUCUUUGAAAAGCGAGUCAGUUAAAUAGCUUUUUUUUUUCUGUCUUAAAAGGGCAGUUGUAUUUUGAGACAGGCUUGAAUAAGCUAAGUAGCCAAUAGGUAGAGGGUAACAUAAUUUGUCUGAUUCUCUGUAAUAAUGGUAUGAGAAUAAUAAUGUAUUUUAUUUUGUAAGGGGGUUUCUUGCAUCACCUCGUCUGUUUACCAAGUGGAUAUUUUUUUUUUUAAGUCUCAUGGAAUGUAGACCUACAUUGAACACCACACAUUGGUUGCUACUGUAGGCUGAAUGAAAUAACAGCUAUUUCCAUGUUAAAAUGUUAUGGGAUGCAUUUUCUCCAUUAUUUUUGAUCGUAGGAAACUAUGGUAGGCCUACAUUAUGAUCAAAUAGUAGCCUACUUUACCACUGUCUGAAACUGUAACAAAGCGGGUACAGGCUCAGUGUUCACAGUAAACGCACACUGGAAGUUGCACAGAAUUUUCACAAGUUAUAGUUCGCGCUCAGCAGACCUGAAAUUUGCUCAGUGCCGAAUAAAUGUAGAGUGAACAUUGAUUAUAACAGUGUUGUAUGUGAUGUGUUACUCUCACACAAACACGAGUCCAGCUCUGUGGCAGAUUCUCAGCCUGUGUUGUCGUGUCUCUGUUCAGUUUUUCACAAAUGUUUUUGAACAGACCAUAUAAUCUCCAGUCUAAAUAAAGAUCUCUAAUCUAAUCUGUAUUGAGUUAGAUCACACAUCUAACCCCCUCCCUUCCCCCAUCUGUCUCCCACCAACCCCCCUCCCUCAGGACUGCCCAUGAUCCAGCCUCUUCUGCCUCUCAUAAUCAGGUAACCAGUGUGUCUAAAUGCUGUGUACAGCUUCCAAUACUGAUUAUUACUACGUCAAUUACUACUUGCAUGUUUUAAAAUGUGAUUUAUUGAGUCUAAAUGUCAAUAUCGCCUCUUUUCAACUCUACUCCUCUCUUCCUCCUGCUGUCUCCUCUCCGUCUUUCUGUUUUUCUCUGCUAUCUUCCUUCCUUCCUUCAUCUCUCCCUCUCUCUCUCUUUGUUCCCUCCCUCGCUCUCCCCCCUCCCUCGCUCUCCCCCCUCCCUCGCUCUCCCCCCUCCCUCGCUCUCCCCCCCUCCCUCGCUCCCCCCCCCUCCCUCGCUCUCCCCCCCUCCCUCUCUCUCUCCCCCUCCCUCUCUCUCCCUGUGUUCAGAGAGGGUCAGGGGCCAGGAUUGGUGCUGGUGCGGGACUUGGCGGGGUCCCUGGUGGGGGCGUAGAGCGCGUGCGGAGGAUGGCCCAGUUGGCCGCCCUGCGGUACGAGGAGGAGAGGCAGAAGUCGCGCUCAGUGCAGCGGGACACCGUCAUGACCUACGUCAAGGUUCCUCAGACUACUAUUCAUUUUUAUUCUGUUGAUUUUAUGUUUUGCUCUUGGAUCACUGUAUGCAGUGGCGUAAGUGGGGAGUUAGUGGGGCGUUUGUAAUAGAAAGUACUGAUGCUGUGUAUGUAUCUACAGUAGUCUUCAUGUUUUAAAAUGUUAAAGUACAAGAUAAAUAUGAAUGGCCUCAAAUGAAAGUGACAUUCUCUAGUGCGUUUUUACUCAUUCAUUAUCUGAUCUCAAAUCCAAGUAGCUUGAGUAGUGAGCUUAAAAAAACACUUUUACUUUUGGAUACUUUUGCUCUGUGUAUUACUGAGACUGGUCUCUCGGUCUCCACAGCACAAAGCGUCUCAAAGCCCUACCAAGCUUAGUCCCACAGAAAACGAGGUGAGUCCACACACUGCUCUCUACACUCUCUUCUCUCCUCCCUUUCCUCUUUGCUUUGUUUUCUCUCACUCUGAAGGUUUCUCCAUGGUGAGUUAAUAUGGGUGUUGGCAUGAAAGGUUAUAUGUAUAACUAAAAAAGCAUCGGAUUUAAUAAAGUUUCACAGGGGCUCUCCGUAAACAUGACCACACAUAGUCUUCAGCAGUCACAUCCGGUGUCCAUUCCUCCCAUGCAAUCUACCUCAUCCCACUUUACAUUUACAUUUACGUCAUUUAGCAGACGCUCUUAUCCAGAGCGACUUACAGUUAGUGCAUACAUUAUUUUAUUUUUUCAUACUGGCCCCCCGUGGGAAUCGAACCCACAACCCUGGCGUUGCAAACACCAUGCUCUACCAACUGAGCUACCUCCCUGCCGGCCAUUCCCUCCCCUACCCUGGACGACGCUGGGCCAAUUGUGCGCCGCCCCAUGGGUCUCCCGGUCGCGGCCGGCUACGACAGAGCCUGGAUUCGAACCAGGAUCUCUAGUGGCACAGCUAGCACUACGAUGCAGUGCCUUAGACCACUGCGCCACUCGGGAGCCACUCACUCGGGACGCGUCCUCCAUCGCGUCCUCCGUUAACCCUCCACACACACAUCAUCCCUCUCUUUUGCUCCUAUUGUGGUCACAUGCCUUCCUUCACCCUCCCUCUCCAGUUAUAUUAUCACUGAUUCUUGAGGGUAAAGAUGAAACAUCUACGACCCCAGCAAUGUAUUGUUGUCGGUUAACAAUAUUUUUUAUGACAUUUUUUGUCCCUACUCUAAAUACAUCAGUGCUAUAUGCAGGGCUCCAGACUGCAACCAUUUAGUCGCAUUUUGCAACCCUUUAACUUCGCUGUGCAUGUUACAUUUUUUUAUUGGUCGCACUGGUUCGAGAUGCACAUUCUACCUGGUCACCUCAAUCAAAACAUCCUAUUUUUGGGGCAGAUAAAACCAUGAAUUUGUUAAACAGUAAAGUACAUUAUCCUCAUGAUUCCUAUAAUACAAGUGUCUGCCCUGCUGCUGUGCCUGCCUGUUUCGUUGUGGCCGGCUGCUGUAAUGAGGGAGCCUCACACUCGCUCUACCCCCUUGUGGGCCCCUUGUGAUUGUAAAACAUUUCAAAAUGCAAUUGCGUGGAAAAAACACAACUUUGGAAGCAACUAGUUGUCCAUAUUAAAGAGAGGAGGGUCUCAGCUUUCUGUAAGUAUAAUUUGUAUUAUUGAGCUCAAAGCACACUGUUUUACAAUCACGUUAUCUGAUAUGGCUUUGAAAUACACAGCACGUGAAAUUGCACAUUGGCCAUAGCAAGUGCACUACGCCUCAUUGCAGUUUUCUUGGGGACAAUUACUGUUAGAUUAAUACAUGGCUAUAAGCAGUAGUUGUUAUAUUUAGAGUUAGCGAUCAAGCUGAUGUGUUUUGCGUUUCCACUUCCUCAGUUGGUGAAUAAUCCCCAAUUGAAUUAGGCAUUGGUCUGAAGCCGAAAAUGAAAGGAAAUUCACACGAGCUCCUUCCAUGCAAACAGCUUUGACCUACUACAGUAGCUAUGUUGGUCUAUUGUACUUCAAACAAUGUGUAUGCAGGUUGCUUAGGAUUCAAACCUUAGGAUCUCAAACCACAAUAAUGGGAUUUGUACUGCAUCUAGGGCUGUGGCGGUCAUGACAUUUUGUCAGCCAGUUAUUGUCAUGCAAAAGACUGCCUGUGUCGCGGUAAUUUACCAUUAAUUAACAUAAACACGUUUAGCAUUUCCAGGCCAAAGCAUACAAGCCGCUGAUGCACACCUUUGGAACAUCUACAUUUUAAAAAGUAUAUUAAAUCAAUUCAAUAUACACCAUCACAAUAAUUCCAUUAUUUAUUCUAGGCAGGUCUAAAGAAACAUUAUGACAUGAAGAAAAUGUAUUUCAGAAGAACAGAAUAAGAGUUACCUACUGUAUGUUAUCUGGCUAUGCUCCAUGCCAUAGGCUGUAGGCUAGUUUAGCAGACAAGAUACACUAUAUAUGCAAAAGUAUGUGGACACCCCUUCAAAUUAGUGGAUUCGGCUAUUUCAGCCACACCCGUUGGUGUUGACUGGUGUAUCAAAUCGAGCACACAGCCAUGCAAUCUCAGUAGACAAAGAUUGGCAGUAGAAUGGCCUUACUGAAGAGCUCAGUGACUUUCAACGUGGCACCAUCAUAGGAUGCCACUUUUCCAACAAGUCAGUUCGUCAAAUAUGCCAGGAGAACAUGCCAGGAGAACACUACCUGCCCCAAUGCAUAGUGGUAGCAUCAUGCUGUGGGGAUGUUUUUCAGCGGCAGCGGCUGGAAGACUAGUCAGGAUAGAGGGAAAGAUGAAUGGAGCAAAGUACAGAGAGAUCCUUGAAGAAAACCUGCUCAGGACAUCAGACUGGGGUGAAGGUUCACCUUCCAACAGGACAAUGACCCUAAGCACACAGCCAAGACCAUGCAGGAGUGGCUUUAGGGCAAGUCUCUGAAUGUCCUUGAGUGGCCCAGCCAGAGCCUGUACUUGAACCCGAUCGAACAUCUCUGGAGAGACCUGAAUACAGCUCUGCAGCGACGCUCCCCAUCCAAUCUGACAGGGCUUGAGAGGAUCUGCAGAGAAGAAUUGGAGAAACUCCCCAAAUACAGUUGUGCCAAGCUUGUAGCGUCAUUCCCAAGAAGACUCGAGGCUGUAAUCGCUGCCAAAGGUGCUUCAACAAAGUACUGAGUAAAGGGUCUGAAUACUUAUGUAAAUGUGAUAUUUCAGUUGUUUAAAAAAUAUAUAUAUAUAUUUGCUAACAUUUCUAAAAACCUGUUUUUGCUUUGUCAUUAUGGGGUAUUGUGUGUAGAUUGAUGAGGUAAACAAAACUAUUUAAUCCAUUUUAGAAUAAGGCUGUAACAUACCAAAAUGGGGAAAAAGUAAAGCGGUCUGAAUACUUUCCGAAUGCACUGUAAAUUGAAGUCUAUAGAGCCUGUCUGCAUUCCUGAUUUCUGUAACCUCCAAAGCCCUAUUGUAACCUCCAAAUCACAUUAUUGUGGGAGCACCUCCUCUAAGAGUAUGAAUUAGGCUGUUUUAGAAGGUUUGAAUCCUAAGCAGCCUGCAUACACAUUGUUUGAAGUACAAUAGACCAACAUAGCUACUGUAGUAGGUGACAGCUGUGUGCUGGAAAAUCGGUGUGCGCAAAUUUUGAUUAUAAUGACUAAAAUAAAAUUGCAUUGACAGAGGAAGGAGCGUACUGAAUCAAUGCAUAAGGAAAGGUCUGUAACGUUAGCCAGCUACAUUGCUAAGCAAGCCAGAUUUACAUUUACAUCAUUAGCAUAUUGACUACUGUUUAGAGUAACGUUAGCUAACGUUAAUGUUAGAUGCGCAAUGCCCAUUACAUGUUUUAUACAUUAGCAGCGUGGCAGUUUCCCAAAAUUUGUGGGAUAGCUAUAUUGUCAACAAUGAGUUGUGCUGGUGCAUGAUCCGUCCAUACAGCUGACGUUACAGCCCUGUUGGCUUGUAGCUAGCUAACGUUACUGGCUAACAUUAGUUGGCUAGCUAACUGGCAAUAGCAGUCAAGGACGUUCGCUAUCUUAUUUGUGCUUAUUACAUGCAAGUGUCAAGGCCAACAGUUUACACAGAUGACUUCAGCCAUGUGGAAAAACCUUCCAUAGCAAAAUAUAUCUAGCUUCCUUUGCUUGUAGCAAACGGCCAGACAGAUCAUGACGAGAGGCCGCUAAUCAAGUUGGUGUCAUAUUGGCUAAGAUAUGAUGGUAGGGAGAUUAAAAUGUAACAUUGAGCUUCAACCAAUGCAUAUACUAUACCACAAUAAUAUUAGUGCAUAAAUAAUUUUAAAAAAUGAAUUCUGGAGCCCUAUAUUGACAGUAAAAUAUAACAAAAGUAGCCUAAUUGUCAACCCAAAAUUCAUGACAAUCACUGGAUUAGGUUGCAUAUAAAAAUAUUUUGUAUCAUCCAUUCCUGCUUGGACAUGUUGAUGUGACAACUUAUUUGUUGAAUACAAUCUCGGUAGUCUAUUGCACUUCUUAAUAAAGCAUUGUGAAUGACGUUAUAAGGUGCUGACUCAAAUGUAUUCUAUUGUGUGAUGCUGCACACUUUUUUUUCGGGGAUGCCACCAAAUCAUGGGCCAACUGUAAAUGUUAGUGGCACCAGUGCCACCAGGGGAAAAUGUUAGUCUGGAGCCCUGGCUAUAUAUCCUAGCUAUCUCCCCCCCCUCUCCAUCCUGACCUCCGGUCUUCCCUGUGUGGUCUGUCCUCAUUCCCUCUCUUCCACUCCUCCCUGCCAGAACACGUACCCCUCCAGGCGUUCCACCCACACGGACGACUCUGCCCUCUUCAUGGUAAGGCCCCGGGGCAGUGCUCCCACUCUCUUCUUCUCUUCUCUGCCUACAAGUGUGCACUCCUUCACUCCUCCUCCACUGAAUUUAAAACAGUGGUCAAUUUAGAUUUUACAUCAACAAAUAACCUUCAAUUCAUUGCAUUUUCAUCUCUUAUCAAAAUGAAAAGGAAACCAAUAAAUACAUUUACUCAAUAAAAAUGUAUUUUUCAAGUUAUCUUUCUCAAAAAAUGUUUGUAUAUCAUUCCAUACAAUAAUCUGUACUCUUAAUAAAAAAAUUAUACUUGGCCCCCGCUGCAGUUCCCGGUCGGCCCCACAAGGGGUCGCGACCCCGACUUUGAAUACCACUGUUUUAAAAGGAAGCAACUGGGGAAAGAAUUGGUAGCCCAUGUCAUACUUACACCAAUGCAAUGCUGUUUUGGGGGAUUUUAUUGUAUUUUUUUACAAAAAUGAAUCUUAUGCUUUUAAACCCAUGUGGGUAAAUGAGUGCCCACUUUAGGAGAACAGUAGGAAAUGGGAACAUGACCAGUGUGUCACCUGCUCUGUGUCCGUCCUCUACCCACACGUCAACACCCAAUAACCUUUCAUAGACCUCUCCCUCUAUCUCUAACUAGUAUUCCAGGGUUGUAUUGACACUCUUGUCUACUGUUUGGUUAUAUAGCUACACACAUUCACACUAUAAUGAAUUUAUAGACUUAAAGGUAACUGCCAAAAUAAAGGAAACACUUGAGUAAAUGAGGGAUACAAAGUAUAUUGAAAGCAGGUGCUUCCACACAGGUGUGGUUCCUGAGUUAAUUAAGCAAUUAACAUCCCAUCAUGCUUAGGGUCAUGUAUAAAAUGCCCAGUUGCCCAUUAUUUUGGCUACCAUGGUUGGAAGAAAAUAUCUGUGAUUUUGAAAGAGGGGUGUCAAAGGAGCAUAGGGUGUUUUUAAAGGGUGUGUGUGUCUCAGUCACCAGAUCUCAACCCAAUUGAACACUUAUGGCAGAUUCUGGAGUGGCGCCUGACAGCGUUUUCCACCACCAUCAACAAAAUGGAAUUUCUCAUAGAAGAAUGGUGACGCAUCCCUCCAAUAGAGUUCCAGACACUUGUAGAAUCUAUGCCAAGGCACAUUGAAGCUGUUCUGGUGGCUCGUGGUAGCAACACCCUAUUAAGACACUUUAUUUAGGAGUUUCCUUUAUUUGGGCAGUUACCUGUAUUUCGUCAUAUGCAUAACGUUUUCAGUGUGGAAAUCCGGUCUUUCUCAUUGAUUGUAAUUGCAUCUGACAAUCUUAUGGACUGCGUUCGGUUUUUCCAGUAAUCCAACAGUCUUUUAGUCAGUGAGUGAUGCAUUCCUCCAUUCACCGUCACUUUAAAAGAAGAGUCUGGCAUUUGACAACAUUAACUGGGUAGUGUUCAUUAUGCACCAAACGGAAGAAAGCGGAUUGAACUGCCAAGUGGGACUAAGAUGGAAACGCUCAUUUUUGUUUUAUAUCAAGUGCCUUAAUGAACACAACCCUGGCUAUUAUACAUUUUACACACAAACGUUCCGCCGACCCAAACUGUACUCCUCUGGCUCUCUUUUCUCUGAGCACAGUACGGUGUAACUCAAGGAUCAGCCUGCUUUGGUAGACACAGCUUAUUUACAGCCUGGUUUGGGCGGGACAUGGUGAGCUAACCAUGCCUCUCGGCUCACUUAAAAAAAAAAAAGGCACCCUAUUCCCUAUAUAGUUCACUACUUUUGUCCAGAGCCCAUAGGGCGCAGCAAAUAGGUCCCUUCAUCUUCCUGAGGCAUUGUAACCAGCUUAUACCCGUCUUGGCUUAACCCCUCUCUUCUUCUCCUCCUCCACCUCUUUCCUAUCCGAUUCCCUUCUUUCUGUGUUUGUUUAUUUUCUUUGCUCUCUCUCUUUCACCCAUCUCCGGCUGGUUCACUGUUAGAGCGAGUACCAGCCUCUCAUGGUGUUUGAGAUAGACACUGACACCAACACUAUAAAGAGGAGGCCUGGCACUCACAAGCAGGUGAAACACUGCUUUUUGGUUACAGUACUACACACACACACACACACACACACACAAACAUUUUACUUUUAGGGAACAACUAUGUGUACGCAGCAUACAGUCACACAUUGUUGGAUUAAUCACAGCAAUUCAUACAAACAAACCAAGUCAUAGGCACUUAAUCCUAAUUGCUCCUGUAAAUUGCUCUGGAUAAAAGCGUCUGCUAAUUGACUAAAAUGUAAAAUGGUAUAAAUGCGCUGUCUGCAAACAUACACUACAGUGCAUUCGGAAAGUAUUCAGACCCCUUGACUUUUUCCACAUUUUGUUACGUUACAGCCGUAUUCUAAAGUUGAUUUUAAAAAUAAUAAUCUCAUCGAUCUACACACAAUACCCCAUAAUGACAAAGCAAAGUUGCAAGUUUAUUAAAAAUAAAAAACAUAAAUACCUUAUUUACAUAAGUAUUCAGACCCUUUGCUAUGAGAAUCAAAAUUGAGCUCAGGUGCAUCCUGUUUCCAUUGACCAUCCUUGAGAUGUUUCUACAGCCAAGCUUGUAGCGUCACACCCAAGAAGACUUGAGGCUGUAAUCUCUGCCAAAGGUGCUUCAACAAAGUACUGAGGAAAGGGUCUGAAUACUUAUGUAAAUGUGAUAUUUCAGUUUUUUAUUUAAAAUACAUUUGCUAUAAUUCUAAAAACCUGUUUUUGCUUCGUCAUUAUUGGGUAUUGUGUGUAGAUUGAUGAGGGGGAAAAAACAAUUUAAUCAAUUUUAGAAUAAGGCUGUAACGGAACAAAAUGUAGAAAAAGUCAAGGGGUCUGAAUACUUUCCGAAUGCACUGUGUAUAUAUACAAAAGUAAUAAUAAUAAUAAUAUGCCAUUUAGCAGACGCUUUUAUCCAAAGCGACUUACAGUCGUGCGUGCAUACAUUUUUGUGUAUGGGUGGUCCCGGGGAUCGAACCCACUACCUUGGCGUUACAAGCGCCGUGCUCUACCAAAGUAUGUGGACAUGCCUUCAAAUUAGUGGAUUCGGCUAUUUCAGCCACACCUGUUGCUGACGUAUAUAAAAUCGAGCACACAGCCAUGCAAUCUCCAUAGACAAACAUAUGCAGUAGAAUGCCCUUACUGAAGAGCUCAGUGACUUUCAACGUGGCACCAUCAUAGGAUGCCACCUUUCCAACAAGUCUGUUUGUCAAGGUGCUGUUAUUGUGAAGUGGAAACGUCUAGGAGCAACAACGGCUCAGCCGCGAAGUGGUAGGCCACAGAAGCUCACAGAACUGGACCGCUGAGUGCUGACGAGCGUGGCCCGUAGAAAUCUUCUGUCCUCACUACCGAGUUCUAAACUGCCUCUGGAAGCAACAUCAGCACAAGAACUGUUCGUCUGGAUCUUCAUGAAAUGGGUUUUCAUGGCCAUGCAGCCGCACACAAGCCUGAGAUCACCAUGCGCAAUGCCAAGCAUCGGCUGGAGUGGUGUAAGAAUCGCUGCCAUUGGACUCUGGAGCAGUGGAAACGCGUUCUCUGGAGUGAUGAAUCACGCUUUACCGUCUGGCAGUCCGACGGACGAAUCUGGGAAUGGCAGAUGCCAGGAUAACGCUAACUGCUUCAAUGCAUAGAGCCAACUGUAAAGUUUGGUGGAGGAAUAAUGGUCUGGGGCUGUUCUUCAUGGUUUGGCCUAGGCCAUUUAGUUCCAGUGAAGGGACAUUUUUACACUUUAGCAUACAAUGACAUUCUAGACAAUUCUGUGCUUCCAACUUUGUGGCAACAGUUUGGGAAGGCCCUUUCCUGUUUCAGCAUGACAAUCCCCCCGUGCACAAAGCGAGGUCCAUACAGAAAUGGUUUGUCGAGAUCAGUGUGGAAGAACUUGACUGGCCUGCACAGAGCCCUGACCUCAACACCAUUGAACACCUUUGGGAUGAAUUGGAAUGCCGACUGCGAGCCAGGCCUAAUCACCCAACAUCAGUGCCCGACCUCACUAAUGCUCUUGUGGCUGAAUGGAAGCAAGUCCCCGCAGCAAUGUUCCAACAUCUAGUGGAAAGCCUUCCCAGAAGAGUGGAGGCUGUUAUAGCAGCAAAGGGGGCGACCAACUCCAUAUUAAUGCCCAUGAUUUUGGAAUGAGAUGUUCGACGAGCAGCUGUUCACAUACUUUUUGUCAUGUAGUGUACCAUCACACACACAGACGCAACCAUACACGCGCACAGUUAUUUUGAGGCCCUUAUCUGUGCAGCAUGCUGUGCGCACUGUGGUUACUCAAUUAACAGAACAGUACUCAAUUUUCUUUCCAUCUCUCUCUUCAUAUAAAAUCUCAAUUAUUUCACGUCUUUUUCUCUUUAUCAUAUUUACCUUCACACUUCCUUGAGUUACAUUUUCCCCCCAAUCCUCAUCGGAUUUUAUUUUAAAAAAUCCCUCAACCACCUUUUGGCAUUCCUUUCUUGUCUCUCUCAUUCAUUUUUUUUGUCCUCAACCCCCCCCAGUCUCUUUCUGGGUCUGGGAUGUCCAUAGAUGGGUGUGUCUCUUAUCCUGCCGACAUCGCCCCCACAUGUCUACAGCAGGUACUGCAACCUUGCGCGUCGUCUUUUCAGAUCAACCUCCCUUCUCCGUCUCUUUCUCUUUAUUUCCUUAUACUUUGGCUUUUAGAGCAUGCUGCUAAACACUGGUCCAGUGCUCCAUGGUUCUAUGCCCAUAGUCCACCCUCUCCGAUCUUUGAUGUAGCUGUAAAAGAGAGGUCUGUAAACACCAAACAGUCAAGAUGAAUGGUAAUGCUAACAGCGCUAAUUUUGGCGUCAAAAGAUGCUUGAGUGAUGUUUACGGGCCUUUACCCUUCCCAUUACAUCUCUGGUGUGAGACACCGGAGUAUUGUUGAGGGAACCGGAUAUGCAUGAAUGCUGGUGUCAAAUUGAAAGAGGGAUGAAAUUAACUCUCUCUCCCUCUGUUUUCUCUCCGCUGGGACUCGACUGGCCACUCAGCAGGGCGAGGAUCGCUCCUCCUCCCUGUCUCCCACAGGUAAGACACCAGUCACACUAUUCCUCCAUUUCCCUCUACAGUUACAUCACGGCUGCCAUUCACUGCUAGGUGCAGCUAGUCCUACUGGCUUCCAGGGAAACCAGAUUAUAAAUGGCUGUGAACUUGUGCGGCUUCCCACACACUCCUCCCCUCUCCUUACUAAUUUACUAAUUUCUGUAUCCCAAAUUGACCACUACCCCCUAGACGUUCCUGUGGAUCUGAAAGGAUUUUAUUCCACGCCCUAUUCACUCUGCCACUCUCCCACCUGCUCACUUCCUGUUCUGCUUGCAGCCCUCCAAUCACCUUCUUACCCUGGCCCUGUUGCCCCGCCCUCCUGCCAGCGGCCAGACAGCUUCUUGUUUGGCCUCAGCCAGAAGGAAGAGAAGAGGAGAGGUAUGUCACUGGAUCACAACCUCUGGAUCUCCGUUGCAUUGCCUUGGGAGCUUUCAGAAGAAGGUGUUGAUACCUCUCAAGUGUGUAAUGCGCAUGUCGCAAUUGAGUGUCGUAUGUGACAUUGCUCUGGUAACUGUAGCUUGGCUGAUAGACACGACUGGAUGGGAUCCUGCACAGUCACUGAGCGAAACUGUAGAUAGUCUAACAAUAUAGAAGGGGGCGGUGGGGGUGUAUAGUUUUAGAAAUCUGUCCAUAUCCAAAAUGAUCUAUGUUUUAAAUGGGGGAGGGGAAAUUGUCGGCUUUUGUUUUGACUGUUAUGGAUGAUCUGCUCUGUUGGUUUUGUGAUCCCAUCUGUUACUUUGAGUUCUGACUGACUAUAGGUCUGAGUUCUGUCUGUUGCUGUAGAGUUCAGGGACUUCCAUGUGUCUAUUACUUUAAGUUCCGUCUGUUGCUGUAGAGGUCUGUCUGUCUGUUGCUCAGCGUUCUGUCUGUCUGUUGCUCAGCGUUCUGUCUGUCUGUUGCUCAGCGUUCUGUCUGUCUGUUGCUCAGCGUUCCUUCCGUCUGUUGCUCAGCGUUCCUUCCGCCCUGUUGCUCAGAGUUCCUUCCGUCUGUUGCUCAGCGUUCCUUCCGCCCUGUUGCUCAGAGUUCCUUCCGUCUGUUGCUCAGCGUUCAUUCCGCCCUGUUGCUCAGCGUUCCUUCCGCCCUGUUGCUCAGCGUUCCUUCCGCCCUGUUGCUCAGCGUUCCUUCCGCCCUGUUGCUCAGCGUUCCUUCCGCCCUGUUGCUCAGAGUUCCUUCCGCCCUGUUGCUCAGAGUUCCUUCCGCCCUGUUGCUCAGAGUUCCUUCCGCCCUGUUGCUCAGAGUUCCUUCCGCCCUGUUGCUCAGCGUUCUGCCUGUGUUGCUCAGAGUUCCUUCCGCCUGUUGCUCAGAGUUCCUUCCGCCCUGUGGCUCAGCGUUCCUUCCGCCCUGUUGCUCAGAGUUCCUUCCGCCCUGUUGCUCAGAGUUCCUUCCGCCCUGUUUGCUCAGAGUUCCUUCCGCCCUGUUGCUCCGAGUUCCUUCCGCCCUGUUUGCUCAGCGUUCUUGCCUGUGUGCUCAGAGUUCCUUCCGCCUGUUGCUCAGAGUUUCCUUCCGCCUGUGGCUCAGCGUUCCUUCCGCCCUGUUUGCUCAGAGUUCCUUCCGCCCUGUGCUCAGAGUUCCUUCCGCCCUGUUGCUCAGAGUUCCUUCCGCCCUGUUGCUCAAGUUCCUUCCGCCUGUUGCUCAGAGUUCCUUCCGCCCUGUUGCUCAGAGUUCCUUCCGCCCUGUUGCUCAGAGUUCCUUCCGCCUGUUGCUCAGAGUUCCUUCCGCCUGUUGCUCAGAGUUCCUUCCGCCUGUUGCUCAGAGUUCCUUCCGCCCUGUUGCUCAGAGUUCCUUCCGCCCUGUUGCUCAGAGUUCCUUCCGCCUGUUGCUCAGAGUUCCUUCCGCCUGUUGCUCAGAGUUCCUUCCGCCCUGUUGCUCAGCGUUCCUUCCGCCCUGUUGCUCAGAGUUCCUUCCGCCCUGUUGCUCAGAGUUCCUUCCGCCAUGUUGCUCAGAGUUCCUUCCGCCCUGUUGCUCAGCGUUCCUUCCGCCCUGUUGCUCAGCGUUCCUUCCGCCCUGUUGCUCAGCGUUCCUUCCGCCCGUUGCUCAGAGUUCCUUCCGCCUGUUGCUCAGAGUUCUGUCUGUGUUGCUCAGCGUUCUGUCUGUGUUGCUCAGCGUUCCUUCCGCCCUGUUGCUCAGCGUUCUGUCUGUUGCUCAGCGUUCCUUCCGCCCUGUUGCUCAGCGUUCCUUCCGCCCUGUUGCUCAGAGUUCCUUCCGCCCUGUUGCUCAGAGUUCCUUCCGCCCUGUUGCUCAGAGUUCCUUCCGCCCUGUUGCUCAGAGUUCCUUCCGCCUGUUGCUCAGCGUUCUGCCUGUGUUGCUCAGCGUUCCUUCCGCCCUGUUGCUCAGCGUUCCUUCCGCCUGUUGCUCAGAGUUCCUUCCGCCUGUUGCUCAGAGUUCCUUCCGCCUGUUGCUCAGAGUUCCUUCCGCCCUGUUGCUCAGGGUUCCUUCCGCCUGUUGCUCAGCGUUCUGUCUGUGUUGCUUAGAGUUCCUUCCGCCCUGUUGCUCAGGGUUCCUUCCGCCUGUUGCUCAGCGUUCUGUCUGUGUUGCUUAGAGUUCCUUCCGCCUGUUGCUCAUAGUUCCUUCCGCCCUGUUGCUCAGCGUUCCUUCCGCCCUGUUGCUCAGAGUUCCUUCCGCCCUGUUGCUCAGAGUUCCUUCCGCCCUGUUGCUCAGAGUUCCUUCCGCCCUGUUGCUCAGAGUUCCUUCCGCCCUGUUGCUCAGCGUUCUGUCUGUGUUGCUUAGAGUUCCUUCCGCCCUGUUGCUCAGGGUUCCUUCCGCCUGUUGCUCAGCGUUCUGUCUGUGUUGCUUAGAGUUCCUUCCGCCUGUUGCUUAGAGUUCCUUCCGCCUGUUGCUUAGAGUUCCUUCCGCCCUGUUGCUCAGAGUUCCUUCCGCCCUGUUGCUCAGCGUUCCUUCCGCCCUGUUGCUCAGAGUUCCUUCCGCCUGUUGCUCAGAGUUCCUUCCGCCUGUUGCUCAGAGUUCCUUCCGCCUGUUGUUCAGAGUUCCUUCCGCCUGUUGCUCAGCGUUCUGUCUGUGUUGCUCAGAGUUCCUUCCGCCCUGUUGCUCAGCGUUCCUUCCGCCUGUUGCUCAGAGUUCCUUCCGCCUGUUGCUCAGAGUUCCUUCCGCCUGUUGCUCAGUGUUCUGUCUGUCUGUUGCUCGGAGUUCCUUCCGCCUGUUGCUCAGCGUUCUGCCUGUGUUGCUUAGAGUUCCUUCCGCCUGUUGCUCAGUGUUCCUUCCGCCUGUUGCUCAGUGUUCUGUCUGUCUGUUGCUCGGAGUUCCUUCCGCCUGUUGCUCAGUGUUCUGUCUGUCUGUUGCUCGGAGUUCCUUCCGCCUGUUGCUCAGCGUUCUGUCUGUGUUGCUUAGAGUUCCUUCCGCCUGUUGCUCAGAGUUCCUUCCGCCUGUUGCUCAGUGUUCUGUCUGUCUGUUGCUCGGAGUUCCUUCCGCCUGUUGCUCAGCGUUCUGUCUGUGUUGCUUAGAGUUCCUUCCGCCUGUUGCUCAGAGUUCCUUCCGCCUGUUGCUCAGUGUUCUGUUUGUCUGUUGCUCGGAGUUCCUUCCGUCUGUUGCUCAGAGCUUGUCGAUCUGCAGCUCAGAGUUCCGUCUGCCUGUUGCUGUAGAGGUCUGUCUAUCUGCUGUGGUUUGUCUUCUGAAUUGUUUGCCAGCCGUCUGAUCAUGCCAUUGUAUCUGUAGAAAGCUGGAUAUUCCCCCUCUUCAGGAUUAGUCAUUAGCACCCAUUCUGCUUUCACCAGCUUUUGAUCUUGUGUUUGUUUGAGCCUGUGUGUUUCUGCCUUCCUCCCCAGGUGAUGGUGCCUCCCCCGGGCCAGAGCCUGAAGAGGUGACCCCUACCCAACCUCAAGGCCCUGUGGGAGAGGAGGCUGCUCUGGUGGAGCAACUGCGGAAGGUGAGCAACACCCGACAGAUUCUCCCCCCUUUUAACCAAACGAUUAGGGCCUGGAGUUUCGACUGGGUUCAUAAAGCUUCUCAGAGUAGAAGUGCUGAACUAGAAUCAGUUUUGCCUUUCAGAUUGUAAUGAGUACUAUUAUAUGGACACAGGGGACCUGAUCCUAGAUCAGCACUCCUAAUCUGAGAUGUUUUAUGAGCCCAGGUCAGAUCACAAGGUCAGGAACAACUCCUGGCCCUACAUGUGCUGAUCCCACUGUAACUGUGUCGUACUCUAUUUUGUAGAACAUCGAGUCGCGUCUGAAAGUGUCCUUGCCCAGCGACCUUGGAGCAGCACUGACCGACGGGGUCGUACUCUGCCAUCUAGCCAAUCACGUGCGGCCACGAUCCGUACCCAGCAUCCAUGUGCCCUCCCCUGCUGUGGUGAGUGUUUACACACGUUAUACGUGUGGUGUGGUGAGUGUUUACACACGUUAUACGUGUGGUGUGGUGAGUGUUUACACACGUUAUACAUGUGGUGUGGUGAGUGUUUACAAACGUUAUACGUGUGGUGUGGUGAGUGUUUACACACGUUAUACAUGUGGUGAGUGUUUACAAACGUUAUACGUGUGGUGUGGUGAGUGUUUUACACACGUUAUACAUGUGGUGUGGUGAGUGUUUACACACGUUAUACAUGUGGUGAGUGUUUACACACGUUAUACGUGUGGUGUGGUGAGUGUUUACACACGUUAUACAUGUGGUGUGGUGAGUGUUUACACACGUUAUACGUGUGGUGUGGUGAGUGUUUACACACGUUAUACAUGUGGUGAGUGUUUACACACGUUAUACGUGUGGUGUGGUGAGUGUUUACACACGUUAUACAUGUGGUGUGGUGAGUGUUUACACACGUUAUACGAUGUGGUGUGGUAGUGUUUAACACAUUAUACAUGUGGUGUGGUGAGUGUUUUACACACGUUAUACAUGUGGUGUGGUGAGUGUUUACAACGUUAUACUGUGGUGUGGUGAGUGUUUACACACGUUAUACAUGUGGUGUGGUGAGUGUUUACAACGUUAUACGUGUGGUGUGGUGAGUGUUUACACGUUAUACAUGUGGUGAGUGUUUACACACGUUAUACGUGUGGUGUGGUGAGUGUUUACACACGUUAUACGUGUGGUGUGGUGAGUGUUUACACAGUUAUACAUGUGGUGGUGAGUGUUUACACACGUUAUACAUGUGGUGUGGUGAGUGUUUACACACGUUAUACGUGUGGUGUGGUUGAGUGUUUACACGUUAACAGGGGUUUACACGUCGUGGUGUGGUGAGUGUUUACACACGUUAUACUGUGGUGUGGUGAGUGUUUACACACGUUAUACAGUGGUGAGUGUUCCUUAAUGUGGUUGGUGGUUUUACACGUUAUACGUGGUGUGGUGAGUGUUUACACACGUUAUACUGUGGUGUGGUGAGUGUUUACACGUUAUAACAUGUGGUGUGGUGAGUGUUUACACACGUUAUACAUGUGGUGUGAGUGUUUACACACGUUAUACAUGUGGUGUGGUGAGUGUUUACAACGUUAUACGUGUGGUGUGGUGAGUGUUUACAACGUUAUACAUGUGGUGUGGUGAGUGUUUACACACGUUAUACGUGUGGUGUGGUGAGUGUUUACACACGUUAUACAUGUGGGUGUGGUGAGUGUUUACACGUUAUACAUGUGGUGUGGUGAGUGUUUACAACGUUAUACAUGUGGUGUGGUGAGUGUUUACACGUUAUACAUGUGGUGUGGUGAGUGUUUACACACGUUAUACAUGUGGUGUGGUGAGUGUUUACACGUUAUACAUGUGGUGUGGUGAGUGUUUACAAACGUUAUACAUGUGGUGUGGUGAGUGUUUACACGUUAUACAUGUGGUGUGGUGAGUGUUUACACGUUAUACAUGUGGUGUGGUGAGUGUUUACAAACGUUAUACAUGUGGUGUGGUGAGUGUUUACACGUUAUACAUGUGGUGUGGUGAGUGUUUACACGUUAUACAUGUGGUGUGGUGAGUGUUUACACACGUUAUACAUGUGGUGUGGUGCAUUAGUGAGAUGUCAGAGUUAAUUUAGUCAGUGUGUCUUUCUGCAGGAACAUUACACUUCAAGCAUACCAAUAUAACAAUGCUCUUUUUUACCUUGCGAAACAUUUGCAUUUGGGUUAUGAUCAGACACUGCUUUCAUCCCAAAUGGCAGCCUAUUCCCUAUGUAGUGCACUACUGUGACCAUAGCCCUAUGGGCCAUGUUGAAAAGUAGUGCACUGCUGUGACCAUAGCCCUAUGGGCCCUGCUCAAAAGUAGUGCACUACUGUGACCAUAGCCCUAUGGGCCCUGUUCAAAAGUAGUGCACUAUACAGGGAAUAGGCUGCCAUUUGGGACACAGCCACUAUCAUUGUCCCCGUUUUGUCUCUGUCCAUCAAGCCCAAACUGACGAUGGCCAAGUGUCGGCGGAACGUGGAGAACUUUCUGGAGGCGUGUCGCAGGAUCGGGGUUCCACAGGUAAGACCUUCACACUAGUCCAAUAAAGGACUGGCAUGCUCAACUCACUAGUCUUCGUGCUAAAACAUCUGUGUGUUUGUGAUGGGUUAGAAAAAGCAUAUGAUACAAGAGAACCUGUACUGACUGACUGUGUUCUUCAGAUGUUACAUUAAUUUGCAAGCAGCAGAUGGUGAUCUAACCAAAUUAGUUAAAUACCUAAAGGCUACUUUCAGGUUUUUCUCUUCUAUCAUAAGAUUUUUUGCACAGAUUAGGGAGACAAACUCCCUCUACUACUCUGCUUUUUGUAUCAACAACACAGUUUAGCCUAGUUCUCUGUCCCUGCCCUUUUUAUCAGCUAACUCAGCUAACUCAACUGACAACUGGCACCUGCAGAGCUUUUGUAAACUUGACUUGGAGAGCCACUUGCCUGUUACUAACAGUAACUUUCUCUCUCUUUCCGCUCUUUCUUUUAACCAUAACACUUCCCUUUCAAACUCAUCUUCCAUCUGUCCGUCCAAACAAAAAACUCCCCUAUCUGUGUAAUUUUAACCUUUGCCCUGCCCCCACCCCCCUCCGCCGCCAUUCUCCCCCCCCACUUCAUCUCCCGUGGGGCAGGAGAGGCUGUGCACUGUGGAGGAGGUUCUGGAUGGCCGUGGAAGCUGUGUUUACGGGACGCUGGGGGUCCUGCUCUCCAUGGCUCCCCCCCCCCUCCUAAUGCCUUCUCCCCCGGCCCAGCUGGCAGGCUUCGCCCUCUUCUAUCUGUCCAUCAUGUCUGUGCUGUGUGCCCUGUACUGCCACCUGGUGCCCCACCUCUGA